AAAUAUGAAAUAGACAUUGGUACUCCUCCUUUGCAAGGAUAUACAAAAUUGUUCAUCAUCAUGUUGGCUGUAUUCAUGAGAGUUGAAAAGGGCCACCACCACCACCACAACCCUUGAACAAUACUUACUUAUUCCUUCACUCUCACUUUCACUCAUUCAUCUCACUUCCCUCUCUCCCUCAAAAUGCUUCCCUUUCUACCACUCCUCCUCUUCCUCCUCUCAUUCAACCUUAACCAAGUACUUUCCACACCCCACAUCUCUGAAUACCACUCCCUCCUCUCCUUCAAAUCCUCCAUAACAAACGACCCACAAAACAUCCUCACCUCAUGGAACCCAAAAACCCCUUACUGUUCCUGGUACGGCAUUAAAUGUUCCCAACAUCGCCACGUCAUUUCUCUCAACCUCACCUCCCUCUCCCUCACCGGCACCCUUUCCCUCUCCAACCUCCCUUUCCUCACCAAUCUCUCCCUCGCCGACAACAAAUUCUCCGGCCCAAUACCCUCUUCUCUCUCCUCUCUCUCUUCUCUCCGCUUUCUCAACCUCUCCAACAACAUCUUCAAUGGCACCCUCCCUCAAGAACUCUCUAACCUCUUCAAUCUUCAAGUUCUUGACCUCUACAACAACAACAUGACCGGUUCACUUCCUGUUUCGGUCACCCAUCUUUCUUUUCUCCGCCAUUUGCAUCUUGGUGGUAACUUCUUCACCGGAAAAAUACCACCGGAGUAUGGCUCUUGGACUCAUUUAGAAUAUCUUGCUGUUUCUGGUAAUGAACUUUCCGGUCACAUUCCACCGGAGAUUGGUAACAUUACUUCUCUUAAAGAGCUUUACAUUGGUUACUACAACACCUACGACGGUGGUAUUCCACCGGAGAUAGGAAAUUUGUCGGAGAUGGUGAGAUUUGAUGCUGCUUACUGUGGUUUAACCGGUGAAGUGCCACCGGAGUUGGGUAAGCUUCAGAAGUUGGAUACUUUGUUUCUUCAAGUAAAUGCACUUUCUGGGUCGCUUACAUCGGAGUUAGGGAACUUGAAAAGCUUGAAAUCGAUGGAUUUGUCGAAUAAUGCUUUCACAGGUGAAGUUCCGGUGAGUUUUGCUGAGUUGAAGAAUCUGACACUUUUGAAUUUGUUUAGAAAUAAGCUUCAUGGUGCUAUACCGGAGUUUAUCGGGGAAAUGCCGUCGCUUGAAGUGUUGCAGAUUUGGGAGAAUAACUUCACUGGAAGUAUUCCUCAGAGUUUGGGAAAAAAUGGAAAACUCACUCUUGUUGAUGUUUCUUCAAACAAGUUAACCGGUUCUCUUCCACCUUUUAUGUGUUUUGGUAACAAGCUUCAAACUUUGAUAGCUUUAGGGAACUUUCUUUUUGGUCCUAUUCCAGAUUCACUUGGAAAGUGUAAAUCUUUGAAUAGAAUAAGAAUGGGUGAGAAUUUUCUUAAUGGGUCAAUUCCAAAAGGACUUUUUGGUCUUCCUGAAUUGACACAAGUUGAGCUUCAAGAUAAUCUUUUAUCUGGUAACUUUCCUCAACCUGUUUCAAUGUCUAUAAAUCUUGGUCAAGUUACUCUUUCCAACAAUAAGCUUUCUGGGCCAUUACCACCUUCCAUUGGGAAUUUCACAAGUGUUCAAAAGCUUAUACUUGAUGGUAACCAGUUUUCAGGUAAAAUCCCUGCUGAGAUUGGAAAGUUACAUCAGCUUUCUAAGAUAGAUUUUAGUCAUAACAAAUUCUCUGGUCCUAUUGCGCCCGAGAUAAGUCACUGUAAGCUUUUAACUUUCGUUGAUCUUAGUCGUAACGAGCUUUCUGGUGAGAUUCCUAAAGAAAUCACUAAGAUGAAGAUAUUGAAUUACUUGAACCUGUCAAGAAACCAUCUUGUUGGUACCAUUCCAGGUUCUAUUGCUUCAAUGCAAAGCUUAACUUCUGUUGAUUUUUCAUAUAAUAAUCUCACUGGUUUGGUUCCUGGUACUGGCCAAUUUAGUUACUUUAACUAUACUUCUUUCCUUGGUAACCCUGAACUUUGUGGACCUUAUUUGGGUCCUUGCAAAGAUGGCGUUGCUAAUGGACCUCGUCAACCUCAUGUUAAAGGACCACUCUCUUCUACUGUGAAGCUUUUGCUUGUUGUUGGGUUGCUUGUUUGCUCUGCUAUAUUUGCUGUUGUAACGAUAUUUAAAGCUAGGUCUUUGAAAAAGGCGAGUGAAGCUCGUGCAUGGAAAUUAACCGCAUUCCAACGAUUGGACUUCACGGUUGAUGAUGUUCUCGAUUCCUUGAAAGAGGAUAACAUCAUAGGAAAAGGUGGUGCUGGCAUUGUUUACAAAGGUGCUAUGCCUAAUGGUGAUCUUGUUGCUGUGAAAAGGUUACCGGCUAUGAGUAGAGGCUCUUCACAUGAUCAUGGUUUCAAUGCUGAGAUUCAAACUUUGGGGAGAAUUCGACACAGACACAUUGUUAGAUUAUUGGGUUUCUGCUCAAACCAUGAGACAAAUCUUUUGGUUUAUGAGUACAUGCCUAAUGGAAGUUUAGGCGAAGUUCUUCAUGGUAAGAAAGGUGGUCAUUUGCAUUGGGAUACAAGGUACAAAAUUGCUGUGGAAGCUGCAAAGGGUCUUUGUUAUCUACAUCAUGACUGUUCACCUCUAAUUGUUCAUCGUGAUGUGAAAUCAAACAAUAUCUUGCUUGAUUCAGGCUUUGAAGCCCAUGUUGCUGAUUUUGGACUUGCUAAGUUCUUGCAAGAUUCUGGAACUUCUGAAUGCAUGUCUGCUAUUGCUGGUUCUUAUGGAUACAUAGCUCCAGAGUAUGCAUACACAUUGAAAGUCGACGAAAAAAGCGACGUCUACAGCUUCGGUGUGGUACUUCUAGAGCUUGUAGCAGGAAGAAAACCAGUUGGAGAAUUUGGUGAUGGAGUAGACAUUGUGCAAUGGGUGAGAAAAAUGACAGAUUCAAACAAAGAAGGUGUUCUAAAAGUUCUUGAUCCUAGACUUCCUUCAGUUCCACUUAAUGAGGUGAUGCAUGUCUUCUAUGUAGCCAUGUUAUGUGUCGAAGAACAAGCUGUAGAAAGACCAACUAUGCGCGAAGUUGUUCAAAUGCUCACUGAGCUUCCAAAACCACCUAGCUCAAAACAUGUUGAAGAAGACUUAACAACAUUAACAAUCAAUGAAUCCUCUUUGUCUUCAUCAAACAGUUUAGAGUCUCCAUCUAAAGAUCCUAAAGAUCUUCUUAGCAUAUGAAGUGUGUUUUGUGUGUUAUUAUUUACUCUAAGGUUAUGUAGCUUGUGACUUUGUUUUAAUUUUCUUUUGUGGGGUGGGGUUUUAAUUAAUGUAUGGAUAUUUUUUCUUUUGUAAUGAUUUAUGUAAUGUGUAUAGUUGGAUUAUUGGUGGGAAUGGGAGUAUUUGGUUAUAUAUUUACGUUUGUCUUCAUCGAUUAGCACAUGUUUUAUGGCACGGGACAUGUUUUAGGACUACUGUGAACGUCAUCUGAAAA